AUGAACACUAACUCGACCCCACCGUCGGAGAAGGUAGUCCCCAUUCAAAAUCACCUCAAACAAUGGUCGUCUCGAGUUCGCUCUGUACAAAGCCCAGAGGAAGCCUUCCAGGCGAAGUUGGAAGCCGCUAGAGCAGUUUACGACGACAAAGUGCGUUCAUCGAGCUCGCGUUCAGUGGCUCCCGGCGAUCGAGACACCUUCAGGGCAAGACGCCUCGCAGUUUCGCAGUGUAUACAGCAAGUCGAUGAGCUCGAAGCAGAGCACGAGGCGAAGAAAGACGAUGAAGAGUAUGAGUACCAGGAAAAGUUCGCACGACAGUACAUAUCCAUGGUACUAGACCUCUUCAGCAUACUUGGCCCGUCCAUUUCCGAUCGGUCUGUGGUGGAGUGGCGCAAUCGUGUUGCUCAGCCCUCUUCGGCUUCAUUAAAAACACAACUAGAUCCAAUCACGGAACAGGCCGAGACUCGACCCGAAGAAGACGUCCAGCAAAUUCCUAUCGCAGAUCAGCCACUCACGCGACAAACCACAGACCAACCUAUCCCUGACAUGCCCUCCACCGAAAACGGAAGAGACCAACCCAUCGACAGCGUCCCACCAACACAUCAGAGAAAGCGAGCGACAUCUCCAUUACCAACCGUAUCCGAAGCCAGCAAACGCGCCCGACCGAACACCCUCUCCGAACCGUUGACAAACAAGGUCAUCGACUUUGAUCAAGUAUUCCAGAACGGCAACGCCCGGACAAAAUAUGUCAUUCAGAGAUACCAAGGAUAUUGGUACAUUGUUGAAUGCAAAGCACACAAGAAGCAGUUCCUGGCCGGCAAUCCUCUUCAUGGCGCUCGCAGGCAUCUCCAAGGUGUGGCACACCAUGGUCUGUCGGUUGGACACCAGCAAGUCAUUCGUAUGCUUGGUACGAGGGUAUUGGACUGCGACGACGGCCUUGCGGAAAAGAACAACAAGGUAGCUCGAAUGCCCUCCUACGUACGGGCUUCUCGUCCUCAACCCCGCACCUGUACAUUUCCACCCCAACCGAGUGGUACUCAGGACCCGGAAUACGACGCACCCCAGACCCGGAAUACUCAUAAUCGGAUUGCGUCGCACAUCGUGCCCAAACCAGGUGAAGUCUACACGACCUUUUGGAAGAGUGAGAAGCGAUUCUACGCGGUCCUCAUCCUUCCGUGGGGCAGCUUCCGUGAAUUUGGCUGGGAUAUGUCACUCAAGCACACCGGGCUUUUGAACAAAAUACCAGCCUGUUACAGAUACGACCCGGUCAGCGAGACUGCAGAGUGGGCGGAAGCUUACAAGCCUGGUGGUCCGUCAGCCCUGAAGCGGAGAUACCCUGUCAUGUACUUUGAUGAGCCCGAGGUUCCCAAGAGUUGCCGCAGUGGCUGGGUUGCUGUCGCUAACCUGCAACCAUAUGACUCUGAUGACAACAGCAUUCCCUACAAGGACAAAGUUGACGAGUUCUUGAACAAAUAUCGUAAUUACCGCGAGGAUAGUCCUCGGGAUUUGCGACGUCAAACUGAGAUGAAUAUGGCCGCUGCAGCCAGCCGCGAUGAUGCUCCAGAAUCUCGCAUCCACUCCCCCCAGAUGCAGCCUGCGAUACAAUUUACCGACAUGUGCGAGGACAGCGAGUCCAGUGAAAACGAAGAUAUACAGACAUAUCAGUCCUCGAUCGGGCCCAAAGAACACCCAACAAAUACGAACAUGAACAGUACGACUGAUCGCCCCAUGACCCAGGUCCAGGCCUUGCAUCAAAACAACAACACAGUGCAAGGCGAUGAGCAACCUCAGGGCAGCACUGGCCUCCCCAAUGAGUGGCUAACCCACGGCCACCAUAUUCAACAGACAAAUACGGCGGAUUCUGACGUCCAACCUACCAUAGCUGACGCCGAAUCUCCAAUACCUCAAGCAGCCAUGAUAAGUUCCUCUGAGUAUCUCGCUUUUUGGGGAAGGGCACACGAACCAACUGCCGAUCCUCGAGGUAGCAACACGCUUCGAGGGGUUGAUAAACCAGUGCCGGAUGAUAACGCUCAGGGAGGGCCAAGCCAAUCUUUGUCCAAAAGCUCAUCAGCCUCAAACGACGUUGUUACAAAUGCGAUGCUGCGGGCUUAUAGUGAGACAUCGAUGGCCUACGAAUCGCUCGAAGCUCCCCGGUCUGCCUCUGUAGACAAAUCAGCCCAUCAACAAAGGACACUGAACCGUGAAGUCCCGCCCGUGCUGUCACAUUGUCCAAACCAAAGGUCGUCUACAGCUUCGCCAGCCGUCAAAAAUAAUGGCCUCCCGCCCAGCAGGGGCAGCACACAGACAACCCAGAGCAACACCCCUCGCAAUGCCUUGGUUGGGAUUCAACAGCCAUCCGAAGUAGACUAUCGCCUGAACAGAGCCUCAGUUGUCUAUGGUCACAGAACAUUCUAA